AAAGUAUCAUGCGCGGGUUCAACGUGUCCAAUAUCACACGGUUUGUUUCCUCUAACCGAAUAAACCAAACUCUCACACACCAUUUUCCCCCUUUUCUUUCCUCGAGAGUUUCCACAGCCAUUUCCCCAAGAAAAUCCCCAAAACAAGAACAACAAAGGAUCGAUCGAUGAGGUUUGCACCGUGAACACGAUGAUGAGGUCGACCCCUAAUGGAACAAAAUCUAAAUCUCACAUUGCUGACAACUGCGACUGAUCCACAAGAUGUUAGAGUGAUUCAGUGGGAGGAUUUUGAGCAUGAUCUUGCUAGGUUAUCGAGUCUUUCUUCUGCACUCAACGAAGCUAAGGACAAGAAGCGGAACCUUCAGCGGAAACUCGAGUCUCUCAUCCAGGUUAAUGGUGAAUCAUUGGGUCGAUUAAAUGAACUUGAAGAAAUGCGUCAAAAAUUGGAAUCAAAGAAAUCAAUGAUGGAUAAUAUGUCUAUACGUUCUAGGCUGGCAAAAGAGGAUGCUGGUAAGCAAGAGGAGCAGCUUAGUGGUGCUUUGCAGUCACUUUUGGUGGCGGGUGGUACUCUCUCCGUUACUAGGAAAAACCUUCAGGAAUCAAGUAGAUUACUGUCCGAAGAAAAUGGCUAUGUUCGUCUGAGAAACUUGCAAAAGAUGCUAAGGAUGAGGCAACAAUACAUGACAUCUCAAAUUUUAAUGCUGUACCCUGUAAAGUUGGUUGUUGGACCAGCACAAGAGCAAGAGCUUGAAGCAUAUCCUUUAGGUCGCUCAGCAGGUAAUCCUCCCGAACUUAAACCAGUUAAUCAAGGAUCCUUGACGAUUCAGGGUCUGCAUUUAAGUAUGCUAUCAUUUAGAAAGAUGAGUUUUUUCACAGAUAAAAAGGAAAUUCAGAAAUCUGCUACAGCCUUAGGAUAUGUUGCACAUGCGGUUUCACUUAUAGCUUCGUACUUGCAAGUUCCUCUGCGUUAUCCUGUACGGCUCGGUGCCUCUCAUUCAUAUAUUAUUGACAAUGCACCCUCAAUUGAGCUAACCUCUUCUGAAGCUUCAACAAGUGCAAAAUCUUUCACAAAUGCCAAACAUGUAGAAUUCCCCCUAUUUUUAGAAGGGCAAGACACAACAAGAGCAACUUAUGCUGUAUUCUUACUAAGCAAGGAUUUAGAGCAGCUUUUGAAUUUCAUUGGUGCCAAGAGUUUGGGACCACGCCAUCUAUUGGCUAAUUUGAGGGAACUUUGUAGAACUAUCCAGUCUUCAGAUUUUUUAGACAACUUAAUCUAGUACUUUUGUCUGAAACUUUCUUGUAAAUUGAUUUUUGUUAAUUCAUACAUGGGUGCAAUUUUUUUGGUGCACCGUCAAAUGUAGCAUUGUUAUCAAAGUUGAAUCAAACUUCCUAUAAUGGAUUUCAUAUUCUUUUCGAAUGUAUACACAUCUGUUGACUA